GGCUACAGAGAAGGCCGAUGGAGAAUUCCGACAACCGGGCCGAGGUGGUUCUUCUGGCUUGCGGGUCUUUCAACCCCAUCACGAACAUGCACCUGCGACUUUUCGAACUGGGCAGAGACUGCUUGAACAACAGCGGGAAAUACAAAGUGGUCAAAGGGAUCCUUUCGCCAGUGGGGGAUGCCUAUAAGAAGAAGGGGCUGAUCAGCGCCAGUCACCGGGUGACCAUGGCACGACUUGCCACGGAAAGCUCCGACUGGGUGGGAGUGGACGACUGGGAAAGCGGCCAGAAGGAAUGGCAGGAGACCGUCAAAGUGCUCAGAUACCAUCAAGAGAAGUUGAACCGUUCGUAUUCCAUGAAUGACUUCGAUGAAGUGGCUUCGCUGAGCAAACCUGGCCGCAAGAGGAAACGAGAGGCAGGUGGACGUCUUCCUGUCAGAAGGAAUCAAUUGACUUCAGAAACUAAAGGUGUUCCCCAGCUGAAGUUGCUCUGCGGCGCAGACAUCUUGGAGUCGUUUGCAGUCCCCAACCUCUGGAAGCCGGAAGACAUUUUGGAAAUCCUGACCAACUACGGCAUGGUGUGCGUCACCCGACCUGGAACCCAGGCCCGGAAAUUCAUCUACGAGUCCGACAUCCUCUGGAGCCAGAAGGAGCACAUCCACCUGGUGGAGGAGUGGCUCACCGACGACAUCUCGGCCACCAAGAUCCGGAGGGCACUGAGGAGGCAACAGAGCAUCCGGUACCUGGUGCCUGACAGCGUCCUCGCUUACAUCGAAAAGCACAAAUUGUACACCGCCGAGAGUGAAGACCAGAACAGCGGGGUCAUCCUAGCGCCUUUGCAGAGGUACACUGAGGGGGGCAGCAGACCCUGGUCUAGUGUGGACGUCAUACUGCCUGAUCACCUCACCCUGGUUAAGGAGAUCAAGAGCCAUCACCGGCUCAUGUGUUCUCCUUUUGCCCCUUCCCUUCUUCUCUCCUGCACACGAAUCCCCCAGCUUACAGAGGGAGGGAGGUUUUGGGGUUUUACUGUUGUCUUCUCCACUCUUGGUGUGUUCUGCUUGUUUGCCAUAAUGCCUGCGGAUUUUAGUGGCACCUGGAACUUCGUUUCUAGCGAUAAUUUUGAAGGUUACAUGCUGGCCUUAGGUAUUGAUUUUGCAACUCGCAAGAUAGCAAAAUUGCUGAAGCCCCAGAAGGUUAUUGAACAGGACGGGGACUCCUUCUCUAUCCGGACGACCAGCACUUUCCGGAACUACUCUGUCCAGUUCAAAAUUGGGGAGGAGUUUGAGGAAGACAACAAAGGCCUGGACAACAGGAAAUGCAAGAGCGUUGUUACCUGGGACGGUGACAAACUCGUUUGUGUCCAGACGGGAGAGAAGAAAAACAGAGGCUGGAGUCACUGGAUCGAAGGAGAUGAGCUCUAUUUGGAACUCCGGUGUGAAGACCAAGUAAGCAGGCAAGUUUUCAAGAAAGUGUGAAGCAAAUUCCAGAGACGUAACAACUGUACAACUUUGUGGAAGAGUUGAUGAGUAGGUGCUGAAUUCACAACCAUGGAUCGAGAUGGUAGCUUUACAAGUCGAAUGUUUUGUUGCUUGCAUUUCCCUAAAGAUCUUCAGAUCGGAAACUGUAAUUGUCACCAGCGCAUAUUAAAGAUAACUUCCAGCAAUGCAA